CGGGCCUGGCCAUCAAAAACGCGCGGGCUUUCUUUUUUUUUCAUAUUUGUUUUGUUGAUCAGCAGUUUUGUUUAUUUUUAGAAAAAACAUAUAACGGUUAUUAGGUCAUUAUCUUUUUCGAUUUUGAAACUGUUUUUUGGAUUUCUACUUGAUUCUCGCUAGUUUUAAAACUGAUUCUUCUUCAUUUCAAAGAAACCGAUAUAUUAUUUACUGAUUAUUUCUAGAAUUUUUCUGCUCCUCUGCUUCUCUGCUUCUCUGCUUCUCUGCUGUUGAAACUUAGCGUGUUUUUUUGUUCGUAAUUCAUUACGUUUGCAUCGCAAAUAUGGUGAAGAGGAUUAGAAAUGAUGAUUCUAGGUAUAAUUUCGUUUGUUUUUGCUGCAAAUUUUUUUUUGUUUUCAAAAUUUGAGCGUUUUUGUUGUUGUAAUUGUAAUGUAGCCCGAAGUCGAAGAAGGUGAAGAGUCUUGGAUCUUCAGGAAAAAUUUUGGCAGUGUCUACUGCUGGGAAGAAGAAAGAGAAAGAUGGUGAUUAUGAUCCAAGAUGUGAUAAAUCCUUGUCUAAGAAGAAAGGCAAAUCUGAUUUAUCACCAAUCAAGUUUUCAUUUUCAAGAUCUAAUCCCGAUCAACAGAAAGACACAUUUGAUAGAUCGAAUUUCACUGAGCAAGAAAUAAAGUCAAUUAAUCUACAAGUAUUGUCAGACUAUUCCCAUUUAAAUGAAGUGGUUAGUAAUUUGAGUGAUGAGCAAAAAAGAGACAUUAGGGAUAUUGGGUUUGGGAGUCUCUUAGAUAUUAGGAUAAAGAAGUUUUGUCCUAAUCUGAAUUUGGAGGUGUUGUUAAAUUACAAUGCAUCUGGAAUGAUGUUUUCAACAAAGAAUGGUAAACUGAUUUUUAAUAAGUUUACCAUUAGUGAUGUUUUGGGGUUACCUGUGUCAGAUAGAGCAGUAGAGGUUAUAGAUGAUGACGCCUUUAGGAGGAAAGGUAGUCAGAUAGAGGCUGGAAGUGCCAGGAAGGAUUGGCAUAGGUUUCUUGGUAUUUCUGAUCCCAAGAAGGUAUAUAUUGGUAGAAAAAAUUGGGAUGAUUUGUUUAAGAAAUAUGAAUCCGGGGAUGAUUUCAAGAAGUUAUUUGUUAUCUUUUCGUUGUCCAAGCUUCUAUGUCCUAUAGCUGAUUUAGGGCCUGUGCUGAAAUGUGCCAAGAGUUUAGAAGAUGCAUCUGCACUUUCAAGUUAUGACUGGUGUGGAUAUAUAUUGAGAAGUCUUUGUGCUGCUGUUUUGGACUGUCAUCAGUCUAUUAUGAUUAAGAAGAUUGAGCUUGGACAGAAGAAAGUAUCAUUCAAGCUUCGGGGAUGCGUCAGCGCUUUGACUCUUGUUGUUAUUCACAACUUCAAGUGUCGUAAUCUGGAUUAUUCAAAUGUCAGUAAGCCAUUUAUCAGUUAUUGGCAGGAUGAGAAGGAUUUGACUGAUGUUGUGAAGCAGUUUGAGAUCAACAUGGAUUUUAUUCUGCCGGUGAAGCGUGAAAAACAGAAGGUUGAGUUUAAAACUCCCAGUGUUAGUGUUGCUAGUAGGAAGUCUGGUUCUCCUAUAAUUAAGGUGGUUGAGGGUCCAUCACCUUCAACUAGGCAGCUUAUCAUGGAUCUUCCUCAUAGUUUGAUGACUGAUGAGGAAAUAGAUGCUCUUGAUGUUCCUGAAUAUGUGAAGAACAUGCACAAGUUGAAGAGGAAUGCGCUUGCAUUCUGUCAAGUGAAUUUGGAGAUUGCCCAGAAUAUUCGGGAGGAAGGCGAGAAGUUGUCUCAAGACAGUAUUUCUCUGGAUGAUAGUGAAGUAUUUAACCCAGAUUUUCUGAGUCAAAUUGACGACAUAUGCAAGCGUCAUUUGGAAGCGAAAGACAGUGCAAACAAAGUUGAUCCUACAAUUUCACUAUUGGUGAAGCGGCCUGUUGAAUUGGAGUUUGGAAGAAUUGAAAAUGUUCCUGAUUUGGAUUCUGGUGUUCAUGGAGUUGAUUUGAAAGAAGGAAGUAAGUUCCUUUCAUUAUAUUAUUUUCAUGUUGUAGUUUUGUAAUUUGGUUGGAAUAAAAAUUUUAGACUCUAAGUGAAAGAAAUGUUUAACUGAAGAAGUGAAAUAGCUAACUUUGAGACUCUAACUGAAAGAAUAAAACGACCAACUGAAAACUUUGACAGUCUAACUGAAAUAAUA